ACAAAAUGCAUGGAGUGUUGUGUUUCCUAGCCAUUUUCACUCUGGCAUACUGUGCAGACAACUGGACACCGCCCCCAGUAUGUUUACUUCCAAAGCAACGAGGACCCUGCUCUGCGCAGAUUAAGAAUUUCUUUUAUAAUCCUGUUUCUGGUCGAUGUGAUAGCUUCAUGUUCUCCGGAUGUGGAGGUAACGAAAAUCGUUUCCGGACGGAAGAAUCGUGCAAUCGGCACUGUGUUUGUCAUAUUCCACCGGAGGCGGGUCCUUGUCGAUCAGCAAUGGAAAAAUGGUUCUAUAACCCUACCACUGGUUGCUGCGAAAAAUUUACUUAUGGCGGUUGUCAGGGAAACAGCAACAAUUUUCAAACUUAUGAGGAGUGUCGCUCCACAUGUGUUGGAUCCGCACCUGGAAUGGUAAAACCACGAGGCAGUAACUGGGGUAGCGGAAGUGAAAUCCACUUUGAAACAAAUAAUUUUUACAAUCCGCAAAAAUACGGAAAUAAGUUCACCGGAUCCAAAUCCCUUUGGAUCCAUGGGGAUCGCAGUAAUGUCAUGAGAGGGACCCAACAAGCAAACCAGAUUAUACGAUUCAUAACACCUGACCUCCAUAAGAAAGAGCAUUGGCAUUUCGUUGCAAAGCAAGACACAAAGAAUAAUUUUCCUCAAAGACUUAAAAUCACAGGUUUAUCAUCGAAUAGCCAGACAAUACCAGUCGGAGGGUCCAGAAUGGUAUUGUCAGGUAGUAGUUCGAUGCCAGGUGGAUCAGCUGGUGGACAGUUCAUAUCAUCUGGAGGAAGUUUCUCGGAAAGCGUACCAGUGGGUGGGUCCAAGUUGGUAAUGAGUGGAAAGACUUCAAUUCCCAUGGGGUCAGCUAGAACAUCUGGUGGAGCAUUUUCAUUUGGAACAUCUGGAGGUAGUUUAAGUCAGAGUGGAGGAAACCCCAUGGGCGGAUCCAAACUUGUUCUUAGUGGAAGUCGUUCAGUUCCAGCAGGCGGAAGUGGGCGUAUAUCAUCCAUGCUCGGAACUUCCGGCGGAAAUGGCCUAUCAGGCCUUGGUGGAUCAUCAUUGAAAAUCUCUGGUCAUUCCGCAGGAGGAAUGGGAGAUGACCAUCCCUCAGGUAGUUCGUUUGAAUCUGCACAUUCAGGCGCGCGUCACCCCGUGGGUAUGGGAUCUGGUUUCGUUGGGGGUAUGACAAACGCAUUAUCCCAAGGACAGGGCAUGAUGAGCGGGCAACCCACGGGCGGCGGUUUCAUGUCAAGAGCCAGUAUGCAAUCAAAAAGUAACUCAGCUCCUUUCCCAAAAAGCCAAACGUCCUUAACUUUACCAGUGGAAGAUGUUGUAGGAGGGAGUGCUGCUAUUGGCAAAUUGAUGAACAUGAUGGGAGGCAGAAGUGGUGGAUCAAUGGGUGGAGGAGGAACAGGUCAAGGUUUGAUAGGAGGCGGAUCUAACAGAGGAAGAGAAAAUUUCGUCUCAGCCAAUAGUAAUCCAUGGCACCCGAUGGCAGGAAAGAAAUAAAUAAUGUGAAUGCUCUUGAAGGGGGAUUUAAUUUUAAUUCUUGUGAUAUCUUCGAUUAAAUAAGAGUCAUUGUACAUGUACAUGUACAUGCGAUGUGCACUUUGAGAGUACGCGAUUAUUCAACAAAAUUCAAAUAAAAGUUGAAAUCCACAUGAUAUGCAUUAAAUGUGUGUUACCCCGUUAUC